CACAGCACCACUGUGUCUGUGUGGCUUACUUGAGAAGAAUAUACAGUAGAUAUAGAAUAUAGAUAGAUAAAUAUAGAUAUUUCAAUGACGGACCGAGUUCUUGAAGUGUAACUCAUGUGACUUGUCCUUAUACACCCUUUGAAGCUGAUAUAGGUAUUGACCGGCACCAACAUGGAUUUCUUACGGCGGUCAGGAAGAGUCACAGGUAAAUCAACCAAGAUUGACAAACAGUCUGAGGAAUCAGUCCAAGAAAAUACACAAACGCUGCCUGAUUUCAGCAACAUCUACAGCAAAGACCUGCUGCCGACUCCAGGAGGAGAGAAAAUGACGAGGAAAUUUCUGCAGGAGCUGGUGAACUUACUGAUGAAUUACAUCUGCAAAUCAUGUCAGAGAAAUUCCAAGGUUUUGGAUUUCCACCACCCACACCAGCUCAUAGAAGGUCUAGAAGGCUUCAGUCUAGACCUGCCUGAAAAACCAGACACUCUUGAGCAAAUAUUAGUGGACUGUCGAGACACACUAAAGUAUGGCAUCAAUACAGGCCAUCCUCGCUUCUUCAAUCAGCUGUUUGCUGGCCUUGAUGUGAUUGGUGUUGCUGGCGAGUGGCUGACAUCUACAGCAAACACUAACAUGUUCACAUAUGAGGUGUCUCCUGUGUUCACCCUUAUGGAGGAAGUCCUAAUGAAGAAGAUGCAAAGCAUCGUCGGAUGGUCUGACGAUGAGGGAGAUGGUAUUUUCUCACCAGGAGGCGCAAUUUCCAAUCUGUACAGCAUGCUGGUUGCCAGAUAUUACUUCUACCCAGAAGUUAAGACAAAAGGAAUGGGAGCUCUGCCUCAGCUGGCCCUCUUCACUUCAGAACAUAGUCACUAUUCAUUAAAGAAAUCUGCUGCCGUGCUGGGACUGGGCACUGACAAUGUCUUUGUGGUGAAAUGUGAUGAAAGAGGGAAAAUGAUUCCAGAAGAACUUGAGGCUUCCAUUCUUGCGGCUGAAGAAAAGAACAAGGUUCCAUUCUAUGUGAAUGCGACAGCAGGAACUACCUUGUAUGGUGCUUUUGACCCUCUCCCUGCCAUUGCAGAGAUCUGUCAGAGACACACUCUGUGGAUGCAUGUAGAUGCGUCAUGGGGCGGAGGCUUGCUUUUGUCAGACAGGCACAGGAUGAAACUACAGGGCAUUGAACGAGCCUGGUCAGUGACAUGGAACCCUCACAAGAUGAUGAGCGUUCCACUUCAGUGCUCUGUGAUGCUGAUCAAGAAGAAAGGCCUCUUGCAAAAGUGUAAUGAGUUGGGGGCUGCAUACCUUUUCCAGAAAGACAAAUUCUAUGACGUGAGCUAUGAUACUGGAGAUAAGAGCAUCCAGUGUGGCAGGCAUGUGGAUGUAUUCAAACUGUGGCUCAUGUGGAAGGCAAAGGGAACAGAGGGUUUUGGAGUGGAGGUCAACAAGUGUUUGGAGAAUGCAGAGUAUCUGUAUGAUCUACUGCAAAGGAGGAAAGACUUUGAACUGGUCUUCAAGCACAAACCAGAGGCCAGUAAUGUGUGUUUCUGGUACAUUCCUCCCAGUCUGAGAAGCAUGCCACCUGGACCCGACCGAGACAAAAGACUUCACCAGGUCGCUCCUCAGAUCAAAGGCAGACUGAUGGAGAAAGGAUCUGUUCUGAUUGGCUACCAGCCAACAGGAACGAAGGUCAAUUUCUUCAGGUGUGCGUUUGUCAACCGUGCGACACAGAAAGAGGACAUCGACUUCCUGCUGGAGGAGAUAGCCCUGCUGGGCCAUGACUUAUGACAGGUUGUUUUAUUUUAUUGCAAAUGCAACAAAAUCUUUGUAUCACGACUUUUAUACAUCUGAUCUUAGCUUAAUGUGCGAACUAAAUAGUGUCUAAAACCAGGGGUGUCCAUUUCCAGCAAGGGUUGCAUACAUGAAAAAAUUGAAAUACUGUGAUAGAUGCUAAAAGCAAUCCAAUGUAGUCAGUGCUAAGCUAAAGCUACAUUAGUAUAAUAGGUAAUAUAUAUUAGUGCAUUUUCAGAAUUUGCUGAGGGCCAAUAAAAAGAGUUGUUGGCCGAAAUGGCCCCUGGGACGCACUUUGGACACCCCUGAUCUAAACAGAUUAAAGGAAAACUGCAUUUUAAAAAAUGUUGUCCAACAUCCACAAUCCUUAUGUGAGACACGAACACGUCUCUCUUUUCUGUGAGUUCUGAAGAUAUAAAAAGAGAUUAAAGACUGAGCUAAGAAUGCACGUAACAUUUACACCUAUAAAGCAUUCUGAAAAAAACCCUCCAAAAAGCACCAACAACGCUCAAUUUGCAUAUAAUGUGACGUGCAUAUUAAACAAGCUACAGCGACAUUGGUAUGAUUGAAUUACAUUACUGGUAUUGACAGCUUGCCAUGCCACACCGGCUAGCGACUAGCUUCACCACCCACUCGCCCGCAGCGUGGCAACAGUUUGUUUCUAUGUGAAACCGAUGCGCCCAGGAAGGAAGUUCCAGUAAUGCAUAAAAAGGACCAAAAUCAACAUACUGUUAGUAUUUCACAAAUGUACCCGUUACAUGGCCACAGCUUCUACAGUAUAUAAAACCAUAAAACCUUGGUGUUUUAAUAGCAGGCGUUGGCGGCAUCGGUGUGUCCCAUUACGUGCAGUAAUGAGCGUUUUUUUUUUUAAAUUUUUUUAAAUAUAUAUCUAUAGAAUGCACAGGAGAAAAAAAAAGUGUUCAUGUCUCAUGGCUUGUGGCUGAUCGGCAAAACAAAAAGUGCAGAGCAGUUUUCUUUUAGAACAUGCAUUUUUUUCCCUUUAAGCAAGAGCAAUAUUAACUACAAACUGAUUUGUUUUAAAUAUGUAACUUUACACCUUAACAUUGUAGGGGAUAUCUUCCCCACACGCCCAAUACAACCUUCCGGAUCAUGUUUGAGCAACUUACAUGUUUAAUGGAAAGGUUUUUUUUCCAAAAAGUAAUGUAGUAAGUGGUGUUGCACUAAAUUCUGCAAGUACUCUUGUAUUAGUUUAGUGAAUGUUUGCAACUUUUGAAUAUGCCACUAAACACAAUAGUUUUUAAACCUGUAUCCUGAAACAUUUCACUGAAUGAGAAAAUAAACACUGAAGCAAUUAAGACUAUGUUCACCAAGAAUAAUUUAUUUAGAGUAUUUAAAUUUCAGUUUAAAUGUCCUUAAAAACAAAAUGUCUCAUGGCUACAGCUCAGCAUUUGUUUUCUCCAUCUCCACCUGGAACAAAAACGAAAAGAAUAAGUAAAGAAACAUGAUUUAGUCAAUUUUGGGUGUGAAUAAGCAAGGUAAAUAGCCUUAAGUAUGUCACAAUAUUAAAAACACUGACACAAAUGUCACACUU